CUAGAAUUCCAAAUGACGCCGGCCAGCCCUUCCAGAAAGACUCCGAGAACCCGGAAGUGUCGGGUUUUCACUCCUGCAGUGUUCUUGUUGAGAAAACAAAUCUGAAAAGGACUCGGACGUUCCUGGCACCAACUUAGAUUCAGCCCACCAGAAUGGAGGUGGAGGAUUUACUCCAGGAAUGUCUCAAAGCAGCAGAAGCAUCUCGGCUCAACCCGGUGGUGUCUGCAGCCAUGAGGAUGGACUACAGCAGUUCCAGAGACUUGCUAUGCGCAGAGCUGGCCUUUCUGCUGCAGGAGGCCGUGGAGAUGAAGUGGCCUUUUGUGCCAGAGAAGUGGCAGUAUAAGAAGUCGGUCAGCUUCAAUGACAAGACCAACCUCAGUGAUCUCAUCAGCAAACAUCUGACCCAACUACUGGUUCUUCUGAAGACAUCCAUCAUGGCUCAGGAGGGACCCUCAGCAAUGGCGGUGGUCUUCUUAGUGGACCGCUUCAUCUACUGGAGAGAUGAAUCUAGCCAGCUGCUGAAGAUCGCCAAGCUGCUCCACCAUCAGCACCCUGACACUCCCAUAGCCCCUCAGCUGGUCAUCCGGCAGGCUCGGGUCUAUGUUAACUCUGGAAGACUUCAGAAGGCAGAAUACAUCCUGAGCAGUUUGAUCAACAACAGUGGAACAACAGGUUGUUGGGUCUACCACACAGACAGCGACAGGGUUCUCAUACAAGCUGUUAGCGUUCAAGUUCGUGGCGUAAUUUUGCAAAAGCUGGGCCUAUGGCUUCAGGCAGCAGAGCUAAUCUGGGCGUCCCUGGUUGGCUUUUACUCACUUCCUCAGCCUGAUAAAAAGGGAAUUGGAACCUCUCUGGGCUUGCUAGCUAACAUAAUGGUGUCGAUGAAUGAUGGAGACUUCCAUACUUUUAGGACAAAUCCAGUUAUUGACAUGAAAUCUUUACUGGGAAACACAAGUCAUCGUCUACUUUCAGCCGCUCAUGCAGCUAAGAUGGCCGUGGUGUGUGGCCAGUACACUCCUCUGUAUGUGCUGACCAACGCGACCUCUCAGGGAACCUGCUUGCUGUCGUACUGUUUCUCACUGGAGUGCCCUCCGUCUCAAAGGUCAUCACUCCUCAAGCAGGCCCGAGAGGCGUUUGCAACUGGCCUUCUCACCAAAGCUGAGGGCGAUGUGGUCACAAGCCAGCAGGAACUCCACACAUUCCUUAAGGCAGCCUAUUCCAUCACCGUUACCCACAAAUGGCUCGGCGCCCCUGUGGAGGUCGUGGCCACGGCAAGCCGAGCUUGUCAGAAAGCUUUAACCCAUUUUUACGAUUACUGCCAUGCCGGUCCUCCAGAAAAAGAACUCCUCUGUACUAAAAUCAUGCGUUUGGUUGGCCAAGUCAAGCGUCUGCUGUGUGUGGAUCCAUUCCCUGAAUCAGAUAAGGGGUCUUUUAUCCCUGAUAGCUACAGGAAUGUCAAAGACUCCUCUGUGGAUUUCACACUGGAAGUUUUCUCUAAGUUGAUGCAGAGAUUUAAAAAGCAUCACGAGUCUCUGUGUAGGGCCACAGCCCGAGGUUGUAAGCAGACCGAAGAUGAGACAAAUGGGGCAGAGCUGUGUUUGACAGCACUGGGGACAACCCUCGAGACGCUCCAUACAGAAAGUGAAGCUGAAGUCGACGAGCCACAACAACGAAGCUCAGAUUCAUCCUAUGAGCAUACGCCUCCAGGGUGGGAUUUGUGUCCCACCCUGGAGAGCUCUGACCCUCUCAGCUCCUCAUGGCAGAGGCUCUCCGUGAGUAGCUCAGGUUCUCCCCGGUCCGGAAGUUGUAGCUCUGGACAUGGAAUAAAGAUGUGUAAUCAGCGCUGUGUCACCACUGACUGUGAUGACGGCAGGUCAGAAAGUGUGCUAGGUCCCAACGAUAAAAAGCAAACAGAGCAGCGUCACGACUCCGGCGUAGGUUCAAACGUUGGUCCGUGUCAUGCAACAUCCUCUAGCUCCUCAUCCGGUGAUUUUGAAAAGUUUGAAAUGGUGCAAGCAGAAACCGAGAUACUGGACACCGAAGAGGAAUGGCAAGCUGGUGUUGGUGUGAUGCAGAAACCAUCAGGAGCUGAAGGAGCUGUGCAUUCCCUGUCCCAGAUAGCUCUCCAAACAUCUUCCAGUUCCCUCGCCGGCAGUUUCAGCUCUCAGUCGUUAUUGGGGAAAAUCGCAGCAGACGGGAACGCUCCCAUGUGUACUAAAUCUUUGCCAAGCCAUCAGAACAAACCGGGAUGGGGCAGAAUCAGCGAGUCUUUAGAUUCAGAUGGGAGCUUCUUCAUCAUGGAAACAGAUGAUUCUGAGGACAGCCCUUCGGACCUCAAUUGCACAAAGAACCAACGGAGAGUCGGGGCCUUGUCUGAGCCGCAGCACCAGAAGGAACAUAACAUUUGUCCAAAUUUUGAGAUUGAACCUAUUAAACCAGCAGCUGACAACUCUUCAGCCCGGUCCAACCCAGAGCUGCGUGCAGUCACAGAAACCCGAACAGAUGACUCAUUCGAGGUGCUGGAGCUGAGUCCAGAUGGACACCAACUCACAGCUGUGACUUCUGCUGAAACUUCUGCCAGACCUCAGAGGAAGAGCCCUCUGUGCUACACCUGUCUGAACCCCAGCAGAUCAGCUCCUGUCCCUCCUGAUGAACAGUUCCUUCUGUCCCAGCGUGAUUACCGAGCUCUGCUGGCUGGAGUCUGUCACCAGUGUCUGCUGAAGAGGUUACACAGCGACGAGGCUAAAGUUAAGCUCAACAGAGAGAAAACUGCCCACAAUGCUCUUCAUUUAAAAUUCUCCAAAGCCACAGACCUGUGGACAGCCAAGGAGACGUGUGUGUACAUUGGGAAGUCCAUGAAUAUGAAGGGCUCACAGAGAGAAGCGAUAUGGGUCAAUUUUCUCCACCAGGAGGAGCGGUUAAGUAGUUAUGUGGGCAAGGACUACCUGAAGCCAAGAGGGAUCCAGGUCUACUUGAUGGAUGUGGAGAGACAGAUGACGGCGCAGCACUACGUGACUGAAUUCAAUAAGAGCCUCUACGAGAAGGACGUCAUGGCUCAGAUAUUCUUCAUUCCCUCUGAAGCACUUCUGAUUUUGAACGGAGAUGAGAUUGUGGGAUGCCUGACUGUGGAGCCGUACAUGCUUGGGAACUUUGUGAAACUGACCAACAACACCAGAAAGAAGGAUAAGACUUUCCAGGCUACAGAGUAUGGUCUCGCCUUCGGACAUUUCACCUACUUGUUUUCUGGCGGACAGGAAGUUGUUGUGGAUUUGCAAGGAUGGGUGACAGCCAACGGUAAAGGACUGACCUACCUCACCGAUCCACAGAUCCACUCCACCAGGAUACCCAAAGGUCCGGCCAACUUUGCUGCCUCAGGACUCAGAUUGUUCCUAGAAGAACAGCAUGGGCCAGAGUGCAAUGACAUUUGCCAGUUGCUAAGUCUGCCUCCAGUGGCCUAACACACACACACACACACAAUUUAUACACUGCCUGCCCCCCCAAAAAAUGGCCACCUGGAUUUAACUAAGUUAAUAGGUACUAGCCCCCUAUUGGAUAAUUACUGCAUCUUUCAGCUGGCAACAAGUUAUUUUACCCCAACUGGUGCAAUUAGUUUCUUCUCACUUGUUAAACAACCACGUGGAAAGACCCAUCUGGUGAUCUGUUUAAGAAGGGUCCAGAUGUACCCUGUUCCACAGUGAAGGGUGCAUCAGGGUACAAAAGAGGCAGAUGGAAGUGAUGCACCCAUCAUGCCUAGUGCCUACUGUACAAGCCUGUGGAGGCAGUGCUAUAAUCUGGGGUUGCUGCAGUUGGUCAGGUCUAGGUUCUGCAACAGGAUGCGCUCCAAGAAUGAGGUCAACUGACUACCUGAAUGAACUGAAUGACCUGGUUAUUCCAUCAAUGGAUGUUUUCUUCCCUGAUCUUUAUCGUCAAGGCUCCUGCGAAGAGUCAGGUGUCAUCCCGCACCGGUGCGUUGAGCCUACCAGGUGUACCAGUUGUUUCCAGUGCUGGCGGUUUUGUGCCAGCUGCUCUGCAUUCACUACGGCAACUCUGAAUUGUUGGAGGUUGCCAGCAACGACAUCGAGCCGUCAGGUGCUGGGUUUACCUUGUCUCCAUCCUGCGGCCCUCGGGUCAAACUGCAGAGUGGCUCUGGUCGGUUGGUCAAAACAAAGAUGGAGGACAUGGCCGAGCCUGCAGGUGUAGCGUUGCCAUGCCAGGCGAGAUGCUCUGGGCUGGCGCGUGCGUUCUCUUAGCACUUGGUUGGAGAUCCACUGGGGCCAUCUUCCCUGAUGGCACGGACAUAGUCCAAGAUAACAAUGCCAGGAUUCAUUGGGCUCAAAUUGUGAAAGAGUGGUUCAGGGAGCAUAAGACAUCAUUUCCGUACAUCGAUUGGCCACCACAGAGCCCAGACCUUAACCCCAUUGAGAAUCUUUGUCAUCAAUGCAAGAUCUCGGUAAAAACUUAAUGCAACGUUAGAUGUAAAUAAAUCUUGUUACAUUGCAGAAGCAUAUCAAAACAAUGCCACAGCGAACAUGUGCUGUACCGUAGCCUUACCGUACCAUAGCUUAUUUAUAUAGCACGUUUAAAACGCAGCAUGGGAGCUGCCCAAAGUGUAGUCAAAGCUACAUGCAGACUUUUUUUGGCCAGGCAGUUUGUUUAAAAACUAAAACUAAGGCCCUGUCCACACGUAGCCGGGGAUCUGCCAAAACGUAGAUACUUUUCUACGUUUUGGCCUGUCAUCCACACGAAAACGGAGUUUUUUCACACGAAAACGGAUCUUUUUAAAAACUCCGGCCAAAGUGAAGAUCUGCGUUUUCUCCGUUUUGGGUGUCUGCGUGUGGACAGACAAAACCGGAGCUUUAAGGUCCGCAACGUCACCUUCCGCGACAAAUAAAUGCUGACAUCACGUGUGCGACCUGUGUUUACACUAGCCGACAGCAUGGAUGCCCUCAGAGCUGCGCUCGCUUUAUCAAUGGUCCAAGCGCUUUUUGCUUGUUUGUUUUUGCAAGCAGAAUUACUGCUGCUUGCGGAAGACCACAGACGAAGGACGAGGUUAAGAACGGGGGAAGUACUGCCCCCUACAGGUCUGGCAUGUCCUUAACAACGUAUUUAUCCGGGUACGUGUGGACAGAGUUUUUUUUUAAAACGAGGUGGUGUGGAUGCAAGUUUUUGGAGGGGCGGAUAUUCGUUUUUUAAAAAACCCGGCUACGUGUGGACUAGGCCUAAGAGAGAAGAUUUACUUAGAAGAAACAGAAACCAUUUGUAUACAAGUUUAUUGGUGUCUCUAAUUUUGGAGUACAUGUCCAACACUAACAAGGAUCUGUGUGACUUUGGUGAAAGUUUCUGUACCCAGUAACAGAAAUCUAAAAGCAUCCGUACCAUCUCCAUGUGUGGAGUUUUUUUUUUUCAGACUUCAGUCACAAAAACGAGUGUCUGACUUUAAUAAAACUACUCUUUGAUUUUAUUUAUUUAUUUUUUUCAUUUUAAGCUUUUCAGUUCAUGCUUGGCUCUUGGUUAGGUGACUGGAUUCCUGUCAAACACAAACAUAAGACAAUGAACCCUAACCCUAUAACAGUUCAGACUUCGCUCAUUUGUAAACGUUAAAGGCGUAUAUUGUGAAAUGUUGCAUAGUUAGCUGACGUGGCUGUGCUACACAGCAUCUGUUUAACAUCUCAACUCUCAGUGCAGAAGUGUUUGAGAUUUCAGAGUAACGGAUCAUCUCAUACGAAACAGCAAAAUCAAGAAAUAAAACAGUCACAUUUGCCAAGAUUUGGAAUGUUUUAUUUGUUGGAAAAUCUUUUGUAAAGAGACACUGUAGUGUAGCUGCUGUCUUCCAUUACUGGGUAGAUGGUUUGGUAAAUGUUGUUGUUGCUUCUAGACUAUAACCCUGUUCAAAUAGCUUUACUAUUUAUGAAACAAGACACAUUUAAAGUUCAGUUGUAUACGUCGAUGUCAAAGCCAGUGUAACGCUUUGUAAGUGGUUACUUUUAAUAAAUUGUCAAUGGAAUAUAAAGGUGUUCAACCCUAAAACAUGGAUUAUCAAUAUCAUUGAGCCUUUAAUAUUCCAGUGAGGAUGAAACUAGGUAAUUUGGGGAACGCCAGGGAAACAACGCUUCAAACAAUAAUAUAGUUUAUUAAAAUCUGUAUUACUAUAUUAAUGAUGAUGAAAGGCAAACGGUUAUAAAUGGUGACUCAAAGUGAUAUUAAAUGAGACAAUGAAUGAACUGAUGAAACAUGACCUGGUGUGUUUAAGAGCAUCACUAAGUGACUCAGAACGAUGUGAUGUCUGGGUUUAUAAAAUAAAUUUGGCUGUUUGGUGGAUGUAGUUUAACAAGUUAUCAAACUAAUAUCAACCACUCUGACACCUUUGAAUGGCCUUCACACCAGGAUGGUGGAAGUUCUUGGAGAUCCGAUCUGCAAGCAAAGCCGUCUCUGCAGAGCGAGUGAGUGGACUUCUGAUGUGUCUGAAGCUCGUAGGGCCCCCUCAGAAUACGCACGACUGCUCAAAAGGUACUUCCCAGGUGGCUUCUGGCAGACGGUUUCACGUCUGAUGAGUUGGUGGUGGAUUGAACAAAUAAUGAUUGAUUUUUAAAAGGAUGGUUCUUUAAGCUGCCACUGAAAAAUAUGGUUGAUGACCCAUAGGAUGGUCAUUGGUAUGAGCUGUGAGCGUUUGCUGAACUCGCAGCUCUGGUGAAACUGGAGAAAAUAGGAAGUGAGUUCACUUCUGUUUGUUUGUAUAUAAACUGAGGCAAACCAGAUCUGAAAAGUUUGUAUUGGGAGCCUAAGUCUCCUCCCUUUCCGGUCAGCUCAUGGGGCCCCAGAAGAACGAAAAACCGAAUGCGAAUCAGUGGGACUAAAAACAUUAUUUUCUAAUCCGCUUUGCCUUACGCCCUGGAUCGCAAAUGUGUUGUACUGCAUUUUAAAUGAAAAGUAACAAUGGGUGUUUCGACCACGCCUGUCACGUACUUUAAGAUUUAUCAGCUUGUAAAAGUUCGUAAUUAGCAUGACUACACACCAGAAAUCGGCACGUUGCAUAUGUGAUGUCACCACAUAAUCUCCUCUCUCCUAGCGUAGCUGCUACUUAACACAUGACCACAUUUAUGGUGGUUCUAUCCUCCUGUGGGAAGUUAGCUGAACUUACAACCAUUUUCCCUCCGUUUUCUCCGUGUCUGGUUCGAUGAUGUCACUUUCAUGAAGCACAUUUGUAGUUCUGGACUUCUUUUCACACAAAACCUGAAUAGCAUUACUCCCUGUUCAAAAAUAACCGUGUUCUUGGUAUCAAAAUGUGUCUUUAAAAUUGACGGACAUCAUAUGUGAAAUCCAUGGAACAAAACAAGCAGAAUUAGAAAAUGGCGUUUUUAGCCCCGUUGACUUGCAUUCGUUUUUUUGUUCUUCGGGGGACCCGUGGGCCGGAAGUAGAUGGGCGUCACUUAGGCUCCCUAUAGGCGUUUACCAAGACCCUCAGACGUUACACAUUCCUCAGGCACUCAAAAAAAAAGCUGAUUUCACUUAACCCUUUGAUGCAUAAUGGUCACUACAAUGGACAGGUACUCAAAAUUGUUAUUAUUUGUUUUUGCUAUUAAGCACAGUUGUUGAAGACUUUAUUGCAUUUGAGCCCCUCCAUUUGGACUUCAGUAAGCCAAGCCAACAUAUUUCAUGUUCAGAAUGCACGCUGCCCACUGAGGUGGACAUGUAAUGAAUUAUUUGUAAAUUAUAAAAUUUUACAAAAAAUAUUUGUUGAAAUUUGUUUCAUUCACACCUAAAGACGAAUGAAAAAAAUGGUUUAAAAAUCAUGGUUGAAGAUUUCAUAAUUCAUGCAUCAGAGGGUUAAUGUUAAAUUAAUCUGUCAAACAUUUAUUUGCUAAUAUACUGAUAUUAUUAUGUGAAUGUAACUGAUAAUAAAUCAUUAUUAAACCAUCAA